AUGAAGCUGGUCCGAAAGAACGUCGACAAAACGGGCGAUGGGAGUGUUACGCUCGUUCCCGAAGAACCGGAGGAUAUGUGGCACGCAUACAAUCUUAUCGCGGAAGGUGAUCAAGUCCGUAGCAGCACUAUCCGGAAGGUACAAAAUGAAUCCUCCACCGGGUCUUCGAGUAGUAGCCGUGUGCGGACGACACUCACGAUAAGCGUCGAAACGAUAUACUUCGAUACGCAGGCUCAAGUGCUGCGCCUGAAAGGCCGCAACAUAGAGGAAAAUCAGUUCGUAAAGAUGGGGGCCUAUCAUACGAUCGAUCUCGAGCUAAACCGUGCGUUUACGCUCAUGAAACCCGAAUGGGACACGAUCGCGCUGGAACGCAUCGAAAUGGCUUGUGAUGUAACGCAGAAUGCGGAUGUGGCCGCGGUAAUUAUGCAGGAUGGGCUGGCACACGUGUGUCUGAUCACCUCCAGCAUGACGCUGGUACGGAGCAAAAUCGAUGUAGCGAUACCUCGCAAACGCAAGGGGAACGUACAGCAGCACGAGAAGGGAUUGAACAAGUUCUACGAUGCCGUCAUGCAGGGUAUACUGCGGCAUGUUAAUUUCGAGGUGGUAAAAUGUAUUUUGAUCGCAUCGCCUGGUUUUGUGAAGGAUCAGUUCUACGAGUAUAUGUUCCAGCAGGCGGUAAAGACUGACAACAAGGUGCUGAUAGAGAAUAAAAGUAAAUUUAUGCUGGUUCAUUCGUCCUCCGGAUUCAAGCACUCUCUAAAAGAGGUGCUUCAAGAUCCAGCCGUGAUCGCAAAAAUGUCUGACACAAAGGCGGCCGGCGAGGUGAAAGCGCUGGAAUGUUUCUACACCACGCUGCAGCUCGAACCCGCGAAGGCUUUCUACGGCAAAAAGCACGUCUGCAAGGCGGCCGACGCACAAGCCAUCGAGAUGUUGCUGAUUUCGGACAAUCUUUUCAGAUGCCAGGACGUUGCCACACGCAAAGAAUAUGUGCAGCUGGUGGAAUCGGUCCGUGACUCGGGUGGUGAGGUUAAGAUAUUCUCCAGCAUGCACGUCUCCGGUGAACAACUCGCUCAGCUCACCGGAGUGGCAGCCAUCCUACGCUUCCCAAUGCCAGAACUCGAGGACAGCGAUGAUGAGGGUAGCGAUGGGUCGGAUUCGGAUUGAACGAUGUGC